UCCCGAAAGGUGUCGGACAAGGAAGGAGCCGUCUUCAAGACAAAACACAAGACAGACAGAACAAUGGGGAGUCUGUUUAGGAGGAUAAUGUAGGUCUUUCCUUUUUUUAUAGAUAAUUAAUUGGACGAUAUAAUAUUUAUUAGUUUAAUGGAUCAAUCAUCAACGAUGAGGAGGUUGAUACUGGCCGCGUUCGUCCUCUCUUCCCUACCGACAGAGGUGCAGAGCGUCCAGGUGAAUGUUCCUCAGACAGAGAGGAGUACAGCUCUGUUUGCCUCCGUCAUCCUGAGGUGUGACUACUCCACCUCCGCUAGCCAGCAGGAUGUCCAGGUCACCUGGCGAUACAAGUCCUUCUGCAAGGACCCCAUCCUGGAGUAUUACUCCCAAGCGUACCAGAAUGCUCUGCAGCUGGGUCAGGACCCGGCCAAUGACUGCCCAGACCGCCAGCGCACGGUGAGGAUCAUCGUCCAGAAGAGAGGCUCCAACGAGGCCAUACUGGGCCCAGAGUACCGGGAACGCAAGAUCUCCGUCCAGAACAAGGCUGACCUGGUGAUCAAUGAGAUCAUGUGGUGGGACAACGGAGUUUACUACUGUUCUGUGGAAGCCACAGGAGACACCAGUGGCGGCUUGGAUGGCGUGAUCAGCCUCAUGGUCUACAACUGGCUGACGGUGCUGUUCAUGGUGAUUGGAGCUCUGCUCCUCAUCCUGCUCUUCUGUAUCUGCUGCUGCCAGUGUUGUCCUCAGAGGUGCUGCUGCUACGUCCGCUGCCCAUGCUGCCCACAGACCUGCUGCUGUCCUGAGAAAGCGGUGAUGCAGCACAGGAUGAUGAAGGAUGCCCAGAGGGCCAUGGGUCCAUGGAUGGGAGGUCAGCCUAUCUACAGCCCCAUGAGCCACGGCUCCUCACAGAUGAACCCUCUGCUGUAUGCAGGCUCCCAAUCAGGGAAGAGCAUCGCCAUGGCCCCCAUGCCCCUCCCCCCUCCCCCAUCUGGCUACAACAUGCCCCCCAGUGUCCACGCUGCCAGCAUCUACGGCAACCAACAUCCCGGCAACAAGCAGAUGCUGGACUACCUGGAGAGCCAGGUGAGGGGCAUGGAUGGGACCAGCCCCAUGAUGCAGCCCCAGCCCUACCACCAGCAGGUUCAGAUCAUACCUCCUCCCCCUCAGCACAUGAUGCCCCAGCACAUCCCCUUCUCAGCGGGUCCUCCCAGCAUGCUCUCUGGCCUGGACGACGGGGCCGUGGAGUACCGGGGGGUCAUCCAGAUGCCUCCCAUCAUAGAGCAGCCUGGACGAGGAGGUCGGAGAGGGGGCCAGCCACCGCUUGCUCCUAGAACAGGUCCACCCAGCUCCAGAGAAAGCAGCCGCAGCGAGAGUCGCUUCACCAAUCACCGUGACGACCGCAGCGAAGCCAGCGGGCGCCGUUACCCGUCGCCGUCAAGGAGCCGUGGCAUGCCAAGGAGCUACAGUGAAGACUUUCUGGACGGGGAGAGUCGGGGGGCGCGAGGUCGAAUGGGUUCACGUGACGACCUCAGCGACAGGGUCCCUCGAUCCCGCUCCAGAGACGACCUGUUCGAGGAGCAGCGUCGCGCCCCGCCUCCCAGCAACUACUCCCGCUCCCGCAGAGGGUCGUUCAGUUCAGAUGAGGAUGAAAACAGCAGCAGAGGAGAGGGCAGAGGUCACAGGAGAGGAGAGGGCAGAGGUCACAGGAGAGGAGGAGGAGGAGGAGGAGAAAUGUAUUCGGACAUCCCGCCCAGCUAUUCUGAAUACGAGCCGGGACAGAAACCACCAAGGAGGAAUGAGCGUUACUCUGUUAAAACUCUGCUUUAGUUAGUACACUGAAUAAACACUCCUAAACACACACACGCAAACCACACAAACAACUCCUUCAAAAGCAUUUACCAUCUGACAAUGGCAUUUGAUCCAUGCCUUCAAUUACACAUAAUCAUAUAAUCAGGCAGAUAUGAAAGAAUCACUCACAAAGACACACUGGUGCAUACUACUUGGUUUCGUCACUGCUUCCAUUCAGGGAGCCUUUAAUUAAUGUGUCCCACUACAGGACAAGAGUUCUGGCAGGAGGCACUGUGGUCAUCUGAUCUGGGCUCUCACUGGCUACCUCUCCUCUCCUUCUGCUGAAUGGCAUUACAACAGCCCCCUCUGUUGGUUGAACGCUCUCAGUGCAGAUAAGUGCCCAAUCUUGACAAUCUGUUGUGCAAACAAAAGCUGUGUGUACAGUACAGUAGUCAGCCAGCCAGUGAGUCAGCCCUCAACAGUAGAUGAGCAGUUGAAAGGCUCAGCAUUGGCAAAUCAGAGACUGUAGAAAGAACUGAGGUUGGGCAAUUUUGCAGAGCUAAGCAAUUGUCUUUGGUCAUCAGCCAUGUUGUCCUCCUCCUUCACCUUCGCUCUCUGUUUUCCUCCAUCCGCCCUACAUCUCUCCAUCUUGUAUUAUCCUAACGGGGAAAGAAAGGACUAAACGAGAUAAAUGAAUGACAGAAAGCACGAAUGAUAGCUGGCGGCAUGCAAUUCGACAUGUCGAUCUGAUUUUCCAGAUUCAUACUCUAGAACGUUUACAAUUUCUUAAACGUUUUUGAAGUUACUACACAUAUCUUAAGUUGACGUUUUGAAGGGUAUUUUGGUUUUAUAUUUUACAUUUUAUUUGUAUCAUUGCCAUAACAUUGUUAACAGAUGAGAAUAAUACAUAAUAUGCCUUAUUUAAUUGUUUGUCAAAAGUAAACCAGAAAACAAAAUGUUCCCUGUUUGUUUUUAGCUAUAGCCUAUGUAGGCUUGUACUCCAUGAUCACUCAGGUCCCUUUCUACAUGUUGUACAUGUAAAUAGUUUGAAUUGUGCGCUCUGUCUGGACAUCUUGAAUAUUCAGUUAUGUAGGUAUCGAUAUGACUCACGAUAUAUCAAAUGUCAGGAAAAUGAGCAAAGACGAUGUGCUGUUACUUGAAGUCAGUUUGCUUAGGGACUUAUCCAAUUAGAGGAAGCAAAACCACCACCAUAUCCUCAGGGUGAACUAGGCUUUGAUGUGAAGAUCACAGCUGUAUGAUUUGAUGUCUCUGGAUAGAAAAUGGUGGAGGUGUAAGUUACUCCCUCUUAGGGACAAUGAAGGAAACGUUUUCAAUAAAGUUAA